ACACAGUGUCAUUUAUUUCAACUUACACCAAACUGCUCACAUGAUGUUUCGAGAGGUUUUACUUUGCGUGUUACUCGGUGUAUCUGUCGCCUACCCGAAGUACCAACAAAGCAUACCUAAUGGGCAGAGCGUCCCUAACCCUUGCCCGGGUGGUACAGGUAAUUGGAAGGGAGUAGGGCACUACAACCCAUACGGAGGUGGAGAUAGGAAUCUGUUUGGCUUGGACUUCGCCUCUUCUGGGCAUGUAUGGACACAUGAUUUGUGUAUGGAUGACUCGGACUCGGACGGUGUGUCCAAUGGAGUUGAACUAGGGGAUCCAAACUGUACCUGGUUACCCGGUCAAACACCUCAGGGCAGAGCGACAGGCCAUCCAGGAAUAUGUGAACCGAUGAGUGAUCAGAAGUGUCACACAGUCAAUCUUAAUGCUAUAUGUGUAUAAGCAUUAAAGGGAUAUAUAUGUUUU